AUGAAAGAUUAUGAUACGCAGGCUUCACUAUGCCAAGCCAAUCUUGAGACUGUUCUUGUUAAUUUCCAUUUUCAUCACCCAACAACCAUGGACCUCGCCUAUGCUUUAGGGUUUGCGUGCAUGUAUUGUCUUCAGAAGAGCAAGAUAUCCGCGGCGUGGAGCUUCGUCAGCUUUGCCGCACACACCAUCCACGCUCUCGGUUUACAGCAUCAUAAACUGCCCAUGAGUUCAGAAGGGCUAGAGGACAAGGAACGCAGGAGAGAUAUGUUCUGGACAAUCUAUUCCGCUGAGAAGACAUUAUCUUUGCGGUUAGGCCGCGCCUCGAACUUCCGAGAUCAGGAUAUUACCCUGGCUCGUCCUGUGCAAUCGCGCCCCGGUGAUGCGUUCUUGGCAGUACUCGCCCCGGCUUGGGUUAGCAUGGCUAGUAUUCAGGGUCGGAUCUAUGACGAAAUCUAUAGUCCAGGAGCCUUGAUGCAACCAGCACAUGUCAGAACGUCUCGAGCUCGAGCUCUUGCAGAGGAGCUGAAAGUUCUUAUGCAGCGUGCAGAACAGGUUCAUGAACAAUAUACGGCUUCAAAGGGACACGUACUGGGGUUGGAUUAUCACGAAAUAGCACGGCGGUCCGACCGAGUUAUGGGCCUUUGCUUUCUUACCCUCAUCUACCGCAGUAUUGCUCCGGAGAAACCAGCCACAUCUGAAUUCUGUGACGAAUGUGUCGAAUACGCGAGGGAUACGCUUCAGGAGCAUGAAAGAUGCGUUGGUGUUAUAAACAAGUCACAGGGCAAGCCAAUUUUCCUUGAAACAUACAUCAACUGGUAUAUCAUUCGAUCUCCGUUCAUACCCUUCAUUGUCAUAUUCUGCUACAUUGUUGAGACCUCCCAGGCCUCGGAUCUCAAGCACUUGGGGGCCCUCGUUGAGACUCUUGAUUCUAUAUCAAACUCCCACGCACAAAGUACAUUCAGCAAGCAACGUAGUCUCUUCAGGGCAUUAUAUGACGUCGCGUGUAAGUACAUCGAGGUUAAAUCCCGUGACAACAGCACUGGCCAAGUAGAAAUUCCUUGGUCAACAGUCCAGCAAGAAUACGCCACUGGGUUCGCUGGCACAGCCUCCGCCAUUGGCCUUGGCUCGAUAGACCCCAGUGCAGUGGUACAAAAUGUUCCAAUGACUGCAGCUUCACAUGCUCAUUCUGGAAGUAUGACGGCUGAAGACGUUGGCUACAGAGAUAGGCCGGAACUACUGGCGAUGGUUGAUCCUCUCUCUUUGCAUAAUCCUGGAAUUGGAGAUGUGGACAUGGAAAUGGAUCCUUCUGGAGCCCAGCUCUGGGACUGGUUUAACAAAAAUCAGUCAAUCAUGAGGAUGCUUGAAGAUACAUAA